CAGCUGAUCGACAAGGCAAGAGAAGUUUUGUUUCAUUCGUGAGAAAAUGGUGGUUUUGUUCUAAACAUGGCGAAUAUUGCGAACCCUUUAUCAUAUUUAAAUAGAAGAGAAUACGGGCUCUUACCAGAUAUUAAGUCUCAGUUCUUCAACAAACGUUUAAAUGCAGCAAAAAAUCUUUACCGACGUGAAUUAGUGUGCCAUUUUGGAUGUGUAAAUGCUAUUGAAUUUUCCAGCAAUGGCGAAUUACUUGUAUCAGAUUUAAUGUUAUCAGGUGGCGAUGACCGCAGAGUCAUGCUGUGGCAGUUCGGGCAAGCCAUCCUGGACAGAGGCAAGCCCGUAGCCAUGAAAGGAUUGCAUCAAUCCAACGUCUUUUGUCUAGGCAUCACCAAUGACAACCAGAAGAUAUAUUCGGGAGGAAAUGAUGAUAUUGUUAUAGUGCACGAUCUUGAGAGCAAGUGCCCAUUGGAGGUCCUACAACAUCAGCGUGCGGUGUGCAGCCUGAGCAUCGACCCAUUCAAUGAGAGAGUCGUAACCACAGCGGGCAAUGAUGGCAGAUUGCUGCUCUUUGAUACUCGGCAGUCUGUACAUGAAUCGCUGGUGAUAUCUCGCAGUCGCAAAGCAUUCCACGGCGUGAUGUUUCACCCGUCGCAGUCUGGCAUGCUCACGUCUGCCAACUCUCGCGACGGGGUCGCGCUGUGGGACUUGCGCUCACCUAAACACCCGAUCCUGCGAUACGCCGGUGCCAACGGUACUUGUCAGAACUGUAUGAGUGUUCGCUUCAAUUCGGCUGGUACCCACAUCUUAGCGCUCCGUCGUCGUCAGGCUCCCGUGCUAUACGCAGUUCAUUCUCCAGAGCCAGUUGCAGAGUUCUAUCAUCAAGACUACUAUAAUUCUUGCACAAUGAAGAGCUGCACGUUUGCUGGGGAGGGUGACCAGUUUGUACUAUCAGGGUCUGAUGACUUCAACUUGUAUAUGUGGAAGAUUCCAGAAGAUGGUGCUGGUUUUCAUGUACCAGUGGAGCCUCCACACAUUGUGUUGUAUGGUCACAGGUCUAUCGUGAAUCAAGUGCGGUAUAACCCGCACUACUGUCUUAUUGCGUCUUCAGGCGUCGAAAAGAUAAUUAAGGUGUGGUCUGCAGUAGAAUUCCCAAAGAUGCGCGGCACAUUGUUGGAAGAGGCGCAGGGUUCCGACAAUCCUCGGGAGAUCUACAGUCACGAAGACUAUGUGUCCCUGGUACAUCAUAGUGGACAGCCCUCGUUUCAGUAUAUAUCUCACAACUACGCGGACCAAUCUACCAGCGAGGACCCAAGAAUGAUGGCGUUCUUUGACUCGCUAGUACAACGGGAACUCGAGUGUCUAGCUGAGGAAACGGAUUCAUUGGAUGGAUCCAGUUCAGGUGGUUCCGUUCAUGACAAUGAUUCAGAUUCUUCAGAUACAGACCAGAUCGUUGUUGAUUUUCUACCUCUGCCACCCAAACGAGCAAAUCCAAAUGGAAAUCGCAGUCAAAGAUGUCCUAACAGACUGGCGCGGUUAGUAGCACAACGGUACUCCAAGAAUUUACGGUCUCAGAAACGCGGAUCGUUAAGACGCAGCAAACAGUCCCGCUCCUCGCUAAGCAAGUCAAGCAGCAAAUGCGGCGGGUCGCAGUCGAAGGGCAAGCGCGCCGCGUCGCGUCGCUCGCGCGGGCCGCGCCGCCCCGCGCCGCGCGCCCCCCGCGUGCCGCCGCACGCGCCGCCGCACGCGCACUCGCGCCUGUCCGCGCCCUCUAGCGAGCGUACCGACUCGGACGAACCCGCGCAUUCUAUGUUCAGGAAUAGUGGCAGGAUGAUCAGACCACUUAGAAGACGCAUAAAUCUCACAAGGACUGCUAAGAGAAAAACUAAAGUCACUAGUUAUAGGAAACCAAUUAAUUUAAGAAGUAAUGGAGCAGCCAUGGCACAAGACAGUAGUGAUAAUAACAAUUUUUCUAACUUUGAUAAUUUCGACGAUAACUUAGCUCAACCCAGCACAAGCACAGGUUAUAGGGGCCAAAACACAUCAGCGCUAUUUCGGAUAGCAGAAGUAGAUUCUGACGACGACCAGUCAGUGAGCAGCCGGCCUAUAUCGCCGCGCAACCAAAACAGCAACCAGAACAUUCCACCAAACCUCGUCAGCAUCAUACCGACGCCAAUCAACGGCUCGCGAGAUUCGCUCGGAGACUCCCUUCGCGUAGAACCUGCAGAAUCAGAAAGUACUAAUAACUCUUCUCCACCACCACCAGAAAAUAGACGAAUGAACUUACGAAGAGUCCGGCGGAACGGCAGACUCAGUCUACAUCGCUCAGAUUCAAGCGAGUCCCCUCCUCCCAAAGAUCAAGCAGAUCGAGCAAGUACGUCAGUUAUGGAACCACAUUCGCCCAAAGUAGGUUACAAUAGAACAGUCGCGAGACUUAUGAAUGAGACAAAUGAGAGUGAGUUAGAGAGCAGUUGUAGUACUGAAAGCAGUAUGUGGCCGGCCGCGGACGUCAUGGGCACUCCCGAUAGCGGAGUGGGUACAGUCGUGGGCAGCAGUACGCGGAAUUCACAACCCCGUGCUGACGAUGUUUCUGAUGACCCUGAAUACCAAGCGUUCAAGUUCCGACAACGAGUGAAAAAAGCGCGGCGCAACUACAGAGAACAUAUGGACUCAGACUCCAAUUGAACUGAAUAGAUAGAUAUAUGAAUAGUUCUAUCAUAAUGUUCUACUGUAAGUGGACUAUCCAUCGACUGCAUCUUAUACUAUUAAUGUUAUGUAUUAACGCUAAGAAUAUCCACAUUUAUUGGCGUUUAUUUACCCUUUAAAUGUCUGGACUGGUGAUGCCACACUAUUAUUAGAUCAUCUAAACUUAGAGACUGUAUUUCAAUAUUAAAAUGUACAUUAUGGUACUAGCUUCGCGUUGAUUUGUGGAAGGAAGGCGUGUAGAAAGAAACGAUAAUUGUCAAUAUUACAAGACAAUUAUCAACUUUGCAAGCAAUCAAGUUUAAAACGGAGUCUGUGUUGUGUUGCUAUACGCACGACGGUUUUGCUUUUGUAUAGUUUAUUAUUAUAAAGAUUUAUGUGAUCUGAUUAUUAUCAAAUAACUUAAUUAGUAUUUAAGAACCAUCAAUGUUCCCCUAAAAAGGUUGUUAGUAUAAAUCCAUGUGAUUAUAAAUAAAUUGACUAAAAAUA